GCCGUGUCGCAGCGUCUCGCCAGCUGCGAAGCUGUUCUCAUGUUCCAAUAUGCAUUGCACAAGUAUCGUACUCGUAUAAAUGCAUUACAAAUUUCCCCAGCAUGAGAAAUAAAAUUUGUCAUGCGGAUUUACCUUAAAAGAAAAACUUGUAAUGCAUGACUGCAAUUACUACGAGUGCGAUACUUUUGCACAGGAUAUCCAAGUGCCCAAAAAACCAGCAAAACAAGCUAUCAACUGUAAAAAUGUCUGGGUCUGGAAGGUUCUGACACUUGUCAUGCACGUUUUGCAUGAGCCAUGAUGUCUGUGAUGCAUACACUAGCAGUACAGAUUUUGUGAGCGCUUCUUGAAGAUGCCUAUUCCGCAUGACAAAUACCUUCUCAGUGUAGCAAAAAUUGCAUUCCCUUCGGUACUCAUGCAAUACAGAUUUUUUUGGAAUCCAAAUGCAGCAUCGCAAGUUGCAUUCUUCCAGACCCAGACAUUUUUACAUUUGAUACAAGCAGAUGCUGAAUCAGUAUGUGAAAAAGGACGACAAAGAACUGCAGUUCGCGGCCGCGAGCGCCAGCAGUAGUUCAUCUGCUGUGGAACAGGAAGAACUGCAAAAGGGUCCUGCCGUUGCCGCUCAAGGUCAAGAAACGACGAGUGUAAAGAAGAAGAACCUCACGACCAGUCAGUCUCAGUAAAGAAGAAGAACCUUAAUCUACAUACUGUCAUGGAAGCCGUGUCGCAGCGUCUCGCCAG